AUGAGGGAGUACAAAGUGGUGGUGUUGGGCAGCGGAGGUGUUGGGAAGUCAGCCCUGACUGUACAGUUUGUUACAGGCACUUUUAUUGAGAAAUAUGACCCCACCAUUGAGGAUUUCUACCGGAAGGAGAUUGAGGUGGACUCUUCACCAUCUGUACUGGAGAUCCUGGAUACAGCUGGCACAGAGCAGUUUGCCUCCAUGAGGGAUUUAUACAUUAAGAAUGGGCAGGGUUUCAUCUUGGUGUAUAGCUUGGUGAAUCAGCAGUCAUUCCAGGAUAUCAAGCCAAUGCGGGACCAAAUAGUCAGAGUAAAGAGAUAUGAGAAGGUACCUCUUAUUCUGGUUGGUAACAAGGUUGACCUGGAGUCUGAGCGAGAAGUCAUGUCUACAGAAGGCCGCUCUCUAGCUCAGGAAUGGGGCUGCCCUUUUAUGGAGACCUCUGCCAAGAGCAAGACUAUGGUGGAUGAACUGUUUGCGGAGAUCGUCAGGCAAAUGAACUAUGCAUCUCUGCCUGAGAAGCAGGAUCAGUGUUGUACAACAUGCACUGUUCAGUGA